AUGACCACGCGCCGUGUCAUCAUCCUGGUUUUAGUGAUGUUACUCUUCCUCCCACAGUUCGAUCCUGCGGGCAACGUCUUCAACGCCGUGUCCGACUUCCAGGACUCGGCGAAGUUCGGCUCCAGCAUGAUCUUUGAGAGGUGGAGAGAUUGGUGUGGAAGCUCGAACACCACCAUCAGGCCGUGGUGUUUGGACGCCUUGAGCACGCCCAGCGAGAAUCAAGAGCUACACUACAGAAAUCGUUAUGAGCUGGAGGUGGCAUUGCUUCAGUUUCUGCAUUCCCACAUCUCUGGCGGCUUCUUAUUCCGGCUUUAUUGGAUAGGUGCAGUGAGUAGACUUUGGGUCGAUUCCACCUAUCUGGGGCAGCUGGCGCCGUUGAAUCAGGCUCGCUGGCUGGGCCAGGAUUUGCGUGUGGACCCGGCCUCGCUGGAUGACGCUUGGAAGAAUCGUGUGGAAGCUGCGGGUCUGAUGCUGCAAUCUAGCAGACUUCCUUUGUGCCUGGGCGCAUUGCCCGUCACGGAGCUUUUGGUUGACGCGGACUCACUCAGCAUUCACGAAAUCAAGCAAGCAAUCAACCGCUUGAAGGAUAUCAACCGUGAGGAGAAAGGUAUUGAGGUCUUGAAGCUGGAAGACUUGCACAAAGACCGCGACCGACGGCCACGGGUUCGAGCUAUUUUGCAUGAGGAUGGAACUGGUUCAGUGAAGCUUUCAGAUCCCAAUUCAUUCUUUGACGGACCCGGCUAUGAGCGGCCAUUCGAACUUGUGACAUGCUUUCUCGAAGAUUUGGGAUACACAGGGCACACUUCACAAACAUGUGCCAAGUUCUGGUUUGCAAAUGCUUUAGGACAUCUCACUGUCUACCCGAUUCAGGACUCACCACUUGCUGUGCAUAAAAUCAUCAAGAAGGAGGCAUCAAAGGCCUGUUUGUGGAAGAGAAAUUCUGGGAAGCUGGCAUUUUUCUUGCCCGUGUACGGGCAGAGUGAGGACACCCAGACCAAGCAGGGUUUCUCAAAACCCAAGACCAUGCGAGAAACGUAUGGAAGCAAGGCUGCGCAAUCCAUUUUCAUGGGCGGCGGACCCUUUAUGUUGAAAGAUUCCAAAGACCUGACAGUUCGAGCAUUGAAAAGGCUUCGCUACCUCAAUGCGCAGAAUACUGAUGAGUACGAGGCCAUGCUUUGUUUCGUCAAUCAGAAGAACAACAGGAACCUUUUGCGGAAGAUGGACUUGUUGCCUGAGCCUUCAGACUUCAGCUGCGACGUGAAAGAGAAGCUGCGUGCUGCAUUUCUCUCCAGUGCAUACCCACCCAAUUGGCGGAAGCAGCGGACAGCGCGGGAUCAAAUCAUGCCAAUUGUUGGCCUUCUGGAAGCAAAAGGUUUCUUGUCAAAGACGAAGGACACGAUCGGAGACUACUGCUGCAGUGGAUAUUCCAAAAGUGGGAUCUCUGAAGCGAUCAAGAUGCAUGUCAAAAAGCUGCAGAUCCCUUCUGUUUGGGACUCGACCUACGCCCGGAGCGACUUCUACCAGGGCCCGGUGGGCAGCGCGAUCUCGACAGCCACCAAGCAGAGGCUCAUCAACAAUUGGCAGGAAGAGUGCCAGACGGCCGUGGGCGUCGUCGUGCAGCCGGCAGGGACUCCCGAGGAUCUGACGGAGAACAUCGGAGAAAAUCGGAAGGAGGUGCGAGCGAUGGUCUCGACGGGUUGCUCCAUCACCGCAGAAUUGCGCUGUUCGGAGGUGGAAUAUGUCACGCCUCUGACAUACAGUUCACAGGAGAGUGACAGCUUCUCCUUCGUCUUCGCGUUUGAUCAACGGGGCUUUACCCAGCUGGAGGCGGGUUUGAGCAUUGUGCAGACCCUUUUCAUUUGCUUCGCUGUGGGUGUCGGUGCCAUGACCUUUUCCAAGGAUGCCAAUGAGCUCCUUCUAAAUCCCAUCGAGCGGAUGAUCGAGAAGAUGGAAACCAUUAAAGACAACCCACUGGAGGCGAUGCGCUUGGGAGAUCUUGAGUUCCGGAGAGAAGAGGUCGAAGAGGCUCGCUUCCGCGAGAAGCUCGCGCAGAUGAGCAGACCCUGGCAGAUCCUUUACAAGUACCGGCACGCCAAGAAGUACAAGGAGCCGAUGGAAACAGUGAUGCUGGAGAAGACCAUCAUCAAGUUGGGUGGUCUUUUGGCGCUGGGCUUUGGAGAAGCCGGCGCCGAAGUCAUCGGGCAGAACAUGAAGGUGAGCGCCACUGCUGGUGUGAAUGCCAUGGUCCCUGGUUCCAAGGUGGAUGCCAUCAUCGGCUUUUGCAACAUCCGGCACUUCAUGGAAGCCACCGAGGUCUUGAAGGAGAAGGUGAUGCUUUUUGUGAACCAAGUGGGAGAGAUUGUACAUGGCUGUGAGGACCUCAGUGAGGACCAAGUUGGAGGUGUGGACGAUUUCCAUGGAGCGCCCAACCGGAACAUCGGAGAUGCCUUCCUGGUGAUCUGGCGCCUCUCAGGCGCGGUGCACCAGCGACACGACGCGACGCGUGCGCAGCGCCUGCGCUGUUUCGCUGUUGCGCUCGCAUCGCAAUGCAUGGCAGGGCAGUGCACGCGGUGUAUUGCCCUUUUGGGCGUCAAACGGGAAAGAGGUAGCUCGGAAGAAAAGCAGACUAAGCUCGCGGACAUGGCGUUGAUGUCCUAUGUGAAGAUUGUGGCAGAGGUGAACAAGUCUCGAAUCCUCGCAGGAUAUCGAUGGCAUCCCGGCUUUCAGUAUCGCAUCAAGGACCGCGUCUCUGAGUUCUUCCUCUUCUUUCCCCACCUGCACGGUGACUUCCGUGUGUCCAUGGGCUUCGGCUUGCACCACGGCUGGGCCAUCGAGGCAGGUCGGCGUGCGCUGGUCGGCUUGAGCUCUCAGCAACUUCAAGUCACGCAGCAGAUGUUGCAGGAAGGUGCCAUUGGUAGCGAGUACAAGAUCGAUGCAUCCUACCUGUCGCCCAACGUCAGUGUAGCUGCCAAGCUGGAGGCGGCGACAUCCCAAUUCAAGGUUUGGAUGCUCCUGUCGCACAGCAUGGUGAACAAGUGUAGCCACGAGGUGGCGUUGAGCUGUCGGCUGAUCGACCAAGUCACCGUGAGUGGUUCACGCAUUCCGAUGCGGAUCUACACGAUGGAUUUGGACACCCGGAGGACGUCGAAUUGGACCGAUGCGAUGGUAGUGCACGAUACGAUCGCAGUGGAAGAGAAGGGCCCCGAUCGGAUCAUCAGGAAUCGCUUCAAGAUCCGCCAAUUGCGGGAGGUCCGCAAGGGCGAGAAGAUGGCGGAGGACUACCGCGUUUGGGACGCGAUGGUGAGCAACCCUGAUGUGAGUCACAUGCGAGCACUCUUCUCGGAAGAGUUCUUCCAACGCUUUCACAUGGCCUAUCGGAACUAUGAGGAGGGGCACAGUCUCUUCCAGUUCCCAGUCCUUCCGGCGGGUGAGUGGUUGGCGGCCAGAGAUAUGCUCUACACCUGCCACUAUCAGCCUCGCCCUGAUAUUGGACGACGCUUGGUCCAGUCUGAGGCGGACCCGGCGCGAGACACGGUGUUCUUGCUUAAGCCUUGA